ACUUAUAUGGCGUAAUCAUUCCGCGUUGAAUCUUCAUUGAAGACGUACCUACAAUUGAACCAAUCACUUUACUCUUAUUUUAAUCUUUACACAUAGAGUCUUUGGCGAUAACAAAGAUAAAAACGAGUCCAGAGUCUCUCAUUCAAUUCACCGUAACCAGGAAGACGUCGGAAAAAGUGUCUUUUAAGGGAAAAACCGAAUUUGAAAAUGGAAUCACAUGAGAAGACGGCAGAGACCACGGGCGAAACCCGCGGCCUUGAACCUGUUACCCUGGAAAUGCAAUCGCCUAAUGGUAAUGGCUCUAUACCCCCAAGGGUACGGCAGCUGAAGGACCUGGAUGACCUGUUCCCCUACAUCGGCGGCUUCGGCUGGUACCAGCGCAUCCUCUUCCUCCUGAUGAUACCGUACGCGUUCUUCUUCGCGUUCGUCUACUUCGCGCAGAUAUUCAUGACUGUGGUGCCGGCGGAGCAUUGGUGUUACGUUCCUGAACUUGGGAAUUUGACUGUCGAGGAAAGGCGUCAUCUUUCAAUCCCCCAAAAUGAGCUCACCAAGUACGAAAGAUGUCUCGUCUACGAUGUUGAUUGGAACAGUGUUCUGGAAAGUGGUACUUUGAUGCCAGAGUCGGAAUGGCCUACUAAGAAAUGUGAAGGAAAAUGGGAGUUCAACUUUACUGAUGUACCUUAUGAAACUAUAGCUACAGAGUUGGGGUGGGUGUGUGACAAAGACAACUAUCCAGCAACAGCGCAAGCAAUUUUCUUCUGUGGCUCAAUUAUCGGAGGGUUGAUUUUUGGAUGGAUAGCAGACAAAUUUGGACGAGUGCCUGCUAUUGUUGGUACAAACAUGGCUGGUUUUCUGGCGGGAGUUGGCACGGCAUUCACUAACAGUUUCUGGUCCUUCUGCCUCUGCAGGUUUCUGGUGGGACUCGCGUACGAUAACUGCUUUGUUAUUAUGUACAUAGUGGUGGUGGAAUACGUGGGUCCAAAAUGGCGCACCUUCGUCGCGAACAUGUCAAUAGCAGUAUAUUUCACGUUCGCGGCAUGUCUCCUGCCCUGGAUAGCUCUAGGCGUGUCUAACUGGAAGAUAUACACUCUCGCCACCAGUGUGCCGCUGGUGCUGGCUGUAUUGACGCCAUACUUCGUGCCUGAAAGUGCUAGAUGGCUGAUUGCUCAAGGACGUCUUGAUGAAGCUUUUAAAAUUUUAAAGAAAUUCGAAAGAAUAAACGGCAAGAAAAUACCUGAAGAAAUCUCAAAGGAGUUCAAGGAAACUGCCAUAGAAAUAGCCAAAGCAGAGGCAGAGAUCAAGAACUAUUCCGUUGUGGACCUCUUCAAGACCCCUCGUCUCCGUCGGCACAGCAUCCUGCUCGUCAUCAUCUGGAUGUCCAUAGCCAUGGUCUUCGACGGCCACGUGAGGAACGUGGGGUCUCUGGGCCUGGAUAUCUUCAUGACCUUCACAGUUGCUACGGCUACUGAGUUCCCCGCUGACAUUCUCUUGAUUAUGGUUCUGGAUGUCAUGGGUCGCCGUUGGCUCGCUUUCGGCUCUAUGGUGAUGAGUGGAUUGUUCAGUUUCUUAGCUACUACUGUUCCUCUUGGUAUCCCAUCCGCCUCCCUCGCGAUCGUGGGUCGCUUCGCCGUCAACAUCUCCUACAACAUCGGCAUGCAAUACGCAGCUGAACUCCUCCCAACAGUGGUCCGAGCUCAAGGGCUGGCUCUCAUCCACAUCAGCGGCUAUGUGGCCACCAUUCUCGUGCCAUACAUUGUUUACUUGGCAACAAUAUCUCCGGAAAUCCCACUUCUGAUACUCGGCGCUAUCGGUAUAUUCGGCGGCUGUCUAUGCCUCUUCCUCCCCGAGUCUAUGGGCAAGAACAUGCCACAGACAAUACAGGACGGAGAAGAGUAUGGCUCUGAACAGAAGUUCUGGGAUAUGCCAUGUUGUAAGAGGAAAAUCUGUGACUCACCUGAAGAAAUCAAGAUAUAAAUUGUUAAGAAAGCCGUGUAAAGCUUAGAUAAUUAAUAACAAUAUUCACAAAUACUAAAAAUACUUAAAUAUAAAAAUUAUAAAACGAAAAUGUCAUCCAAAAUCACUGUAACGAGGCAGGGUGUCCAGAACGCUGGCUGCGUUAAACCUCGUCGAAUGGCCAGGCUAAUAUGCUGAUCGAGGUACAACUGACUAAGUUUAGAUUAUAACUUCGACAUGUCUUUUUGAGUUUAAACUUCUUCAGUCUAUACAGAUUUUGUAUACUAUAUAAUAUAUAUAUUAUAUACUAGACUAGUGAUACUCGUAACUUCGUAGAUUUAGGUUUUAAAAUAUCUUCUAGGAUAAAAGUAGCCUCACUUACCCCCGUAGUAACCUCCCGUCUCUGGGAUGCAAGCAUAAAGUUUAAUAAAAUCAUACUAUACGUUCUCUAUCAAUCUAUUCUCAACUAACAGAUAGGCCGUGAAAAGGUAACAGACGGACAGACUGACGCACUUUUGUAUUUAUAAUAUUAGUAUGGAAUUUAGGUCGAAUUGCCAUUGGUGACUACUUAGUAUUUACUUAUAAGAGUGUUUUUAUCUCCAGUAAAAUUCGAUAUUAAUCAUAUUCUUUGAACUAAGUAUAUAUAAGUAAUUAAAAUUAUUUUUAUAUCUA